CUCCCACCGCUCGUGCUCCGUCUUUCCUACAUUCAAACAUGGCGAAACUCUUUGACAUUUUACCACCACCACCACCUUCACCAUCACCACCCUCAGCCUCCUUCACCUUCUCGUCUCCACCGCCACCAUUGUCUUCUCCACCACCAUCGCCAUUAUCUCCGGUAGCGUGAUGACCCGGGAGGAUGGAGAAGCUGUCGGCGAGCCUGUCGGAGAUCACUUGGAGUCCGUUGGCGCUGCCGCUGGACGCGGUGGUCAGCAAGUUCCGUCUGCCCACCCUGGUGCGCCUGGCCCGCGGUGAAUGUGUGGAGGGCCUGUCGGAGGAGGACGUGGUGCUGCUGCACUCCUGCCGUCAGUGGACCACAGUGACGGCCCACAGCCUGGAGGAGGGGCACUACGUUAUUGGACCCAAGAUAGACAUCCCUCUCCAAUACCAGGGAAAGUUCAAGUUGUUGGAUGAAGACCGAGACGUCAGGGAUCCGGUCCAGUAUUUUUCCAGUGUGGAGGAAGUCGCUGCAGUUUUCCCCGACCGGGUCUUCGUCAUGGAGACGAUCACUUUUAGUGUCAAGGUGGUGUCAGGGGAGUUCAGUGAGGAUAGUGAGCCCUACAGCUUCACUCUGCAGGCUGGAGAUGAGCUGUCACUCAUGGGGAAGGCGGAGCUCCUCUGUGCCACGCCCUCUAAGGAAAAGACGGGACUGAGCGCACUCUUGAGGCGCCUAGGGAAGACUCCUAGAAGUAAAACUCCAUGCCUGGUCUGUAUGAACCAUCGCACCAAUCAGAGCGUCAGCCUGCCCUUUGGUUGCCGCGGACGCUUUUGCACACGCUCCCCUCUGGAGCAAGGCAUGCUGGGCGGGGAGCACACGGUCCGCAGCAUCAUCGAGAGGGUCCGCCUCCCCGUCAACGUGUCCGUGCCUUCGAGACCGCCGCGAAACCCUUACGACCGCCAUGCGGUCCGAGAGGGCCACCGCUACAAGCUGCUGAACAUCGUCAGCAAGACGGUGGUGCUGUGCAUGGUGCUCCGCCGACAGGAAGUCUCCCCGUCCCACUUCCUGCUGCUGCGCUGCAUGCCCCGGUUCAACGUGGCCGACGCCUCCCUCCACGCGGCGGCGCUCGAGAGUCUCCUCUUGCGACACGCGUUCGACCCGGACGCCUACUCUCGCGCCGUCAGGGAAACCCGGCCGGAGCUGGAGUGUAUGACGGAGGAGUGCGUGAGCCCGCGGCGCUCCCGCGUGUGCGCGUCGGCUCAGGACUCCUUGGCGCCGGCGCUGCAGCACCUCUCCAGGUGCUGCUACGGGGGCGGGGUUUCGGACAGCCUAUCGCAGCGCUGCAGGGACUCUCUGGGGGAGGGGCCAGGUGAGGAGCGGGAGUACGUGACUCCCGAGUGGACUGAGGCCGAAAUGAGGAUCAGUGAGGAAAUCCCUUACGAGGAACUCUGGACCAAUCAGAACGCAGAGGGCUCGGGGAAGGAGCCGAACCUCAUCUCCUUUCACUCGACUUCCUCGUUGGAGGGUUCUCUCGGUACCGUGGCGACGAGAGUGUCGACCCCGCCGCCCGUACCUCCAAAAUCCGAAGCUGUGAGAGAGGAGUGUCGCUACUUGAUCGCCCCUCCGGUUCCCCCCCGCUGCUCCAAAGGGGUCAGUCCGGCGCCCAGCCCUCCCGUCCCACCUCGCUUCCCGAAGACCUCCACCUCCACCUCCCCGAGACCCAACCUCUCCUUCUACUCCUCUGGACUUCAGGACAGCUGCUCGCCCUCCCCAGAUGCUUCGCUGUACUGUUACCCGUGUUCCUGGGCGGACUGCCCGGCCCAGAACCCUGCCAGUCCCAAGCUGGUCUCUGCCCCCCCUGCAGACAACACAGCCAAUCCUCAGCCAGCACAGGCAACCUGGGCCGAGCCCUGGGCGGACUCCUUCUCCUCCUCCGGACCUCGACUGAGGCCGCCGCCUCCGCAGAGUCGAUUCGCUCCCUUCGGGGCGCUGAACCCCUUCAACCGCCAGUCCCCUUGCCCCUCCCCCGAGCCCGCUGCCACUCCCGCGGCCGAUUCCUCCAGAGGGGCAGAGGGCGGUGGGAUGUCCGCCACUGAAGGGCUGUCCCUGGCCCCUGACCCCACCUGGAGGCCUCCCGCUGACCUGUCUGUGCUGUCAUUGGAGGAGGUGUCGGCCUGCCUGCGGUUCAUCGGCCUAUCGGAGGCAGCCGUGGGGGUUUUCCAGAGGGAGCGGAUCGACGGGAGCCUCCUGGUGCAGCUGACCGAGGACAUCCUGUCACAUGACUUCCACCUGAGCCGACUCCACGUCACCAAGAUCUCACAGUUCAUACAGGGCUGGAGGCCCAAGAUCUAACACACACACGCACACACACACAGUCCUGAUAAUGUGCCUGUUGGCUCCUGAGCCAUGCUGAACGUGCCUUCCACUGUGACCAAUGGGCUGCUGAGCCCCACUGACUCAAGCUGAGCUUUUCUGAAGGAAACCACGCCCCCCUGUGGUCAAAGGAUAGAACUGACACUUGACUGGCUCCCAUCGAUCUGACAGACAGACUCCAUAUUUCCAGUCUGAAUCACAGGCUGUGGCUGGUUUACGAACAAAUGGCUACGACGGAGAGCCACAUGAGGAAAAUGCCCUGCUUCAGUUCACAUUCAGGCCAGAUACAGAGAGACAGCGAAAGGUUUUAAUUUAAGCACUUGAACCCACAUACAAUCUGAUAUGAGAAAACACGUCUUCAUGCUGCAGUAACGAGGGGUUUAUUGUGAUGACGGCCUCUAUUGACCAGUGGGUCAUGUAACCACUCCGAUGUGACACUGAACCUGCUCCCUACCUGAGCCUCUCGCACGCUGCUCUUCAUCUUUGCAUAUGAGGGUCAGCGGCCUGUAAUUGGCAUAAAUAAUCAUAGUUAGGAUAUAAGAAAGAGAUAGUUGUUUAAAGCUAAAUGAAAAUAUAUAUAAAAUUAUCAAAAGGCACUCAAUAACGUAAUUACGUUUCUGGUACUGAUUAUUGAUUCACUGAACAAUAUCGUACACUAUUCUGUGUGAAGGCCAUGUUGUACUUUGGGAGCGUGACAUUUUCUAUUAACAUUCCCUGUAAGAGUAACUCGAGAUGUUCUUCUGUCUGUUGUCACAUAUACAGAUGUGUUCUCAAAUGUACCUCAGAUCACUUGUUCAGAUAUGCUUGAUUUAGCCGUGAAUAAUAAUAAAUGAAAUGACACUC